AAUAUUCUUUGCAAGAUGAAGGCCUUGGUAAAGAUCGUGCUUUUAUUUGCUAUUGCAUCUGUGGUAGAGCUAAAAUCAGAUGCUAAAAAGCAAAAGCGCGGUGCGACAUUUAUUGGAUCGCCUGAUUUCUUUGGGACCGUGCCAGCAUUCGGUCCUGCACCAUGGGCUCCCUUGAAUUUUGCGGUUUCAGCCUGGAAUCCAUCGAGCAAUCCAGACAUAGCUCUCGCUCAAAUUCAAGCUCAAGCCACGCAUAAUGUGGCACUUCAGGCUUUGAAGAAUCCGGCGCCUAGUACUCCCAGUAUCGCAUAUUCGCCGGAAAUUCUGAGAGCAAUUCAACAGGCAAAAGACGCGAACAAUAAUGUUGCUACGGCCCAGUACAAAGUGGCGGAAGUGAAGCAAGCUGCGGCGAUUCAGCAGAAAAUUGCAUUAGCAAAGGAGGCAGCAGCAAGGGAAGCUGCCGCAAGGUCACAAGAAAUUUUCCAACACGUUGAAGCCGAAGCUAAAGCCAACGCUCGGCAACUUGUAGCGCUGCAACAGAGAUUAGCAACCCUGAAAGGGGCUGCAGCAGCUGCGCAGAGAGUAGCGGCAGCAAGAGAAGCCGCUGCAGCCGUGGCGAUUCAAAGAAACGCAGCUGCAACUGCUGCGGAACUGCAAAAACAAGAUGUUGAUAAACAAAUUAACCAGAGUGAACAGGAAGCUAAGGAAAGAGAUAUAUUAGCUGCAAAAGAAAAUGCAAUAGCAGCUGCGGUUCACCAAGCAAAUUUACAAAAAUAUUAUCCUUGGAAUUAAAAAUUACUUUGUUAUAUAUAUCUUGUGCAUAUCAAUAUAAGAAAAUACAUUUAUGGUGGCGGUACAAUAAGAGACAACUACACAGGCAUAUGAAUAUUUUGUAAUUAUUAUGCAUAAUAAAUAAUUGUUUUACCAA